GAAUGUUGGAGUGUUUUUAGAAAAGUUUGGAGACUCAGUCGGACACUUUAGUUGACCAGGACUCGAACAGCGGAGAAAACAUGACGGUGUGUUACCUGUUGCUGAUGUAACUGUAGAGUUGUCAGUCUUCUCUGACUGACUGAAGCCAACCAGACACGCAGGUUGGCAGAUAUGGAGAGUGGUGCUCUGGAAAUGGACACCAGUGCUGCUGCAGAUCCCAGAGUGCCGUCAGACUGCAGUAUAGCCAGUCUGCGGCGUCGGGCCUGGGCCCAGAGCAGAGAUUCCAUCUGGCCCGAAUCACAACAAGAGCACUGUGAGCCCCAGGGCCCCCAAGAGAGCCAGAGAGGCAGGGAUGAGCAGGAACCCUCAAAGGAACCAGGACGAGUUCCUAACAAGAUCACCAGCUGGCUGAUUGAAUGCAGGACUCCUCUUGGAGCGUCUCUAGAUGAUCAGACGGCUUCACCGAACAGAGGAGCGCUGAGGAACGGCUGCAGCUUUGAAGAUGACCUUUCACUGGGAGCUGAAGCCAACCAUCUCCAGUCCAGUAACAACAAUAAAACAGAUUCCUGUUUUGGUCUUGCGGCUGAACAGAAGAGGAGUCAGUAUAAAGAGAAGGGAAGAAGUAUGAACUCUACAGGAUCUGGGAAGAGCAGCACCGUGUCCAGAGUUUCAGAGGUGUUGGAGCAGACAGACGAGCACCCAGAGGAGAUCCUACUUAACCUGCGUGUGUCGGAGCUGCUGGACCUGUACGAGGAGGAUCCUGAAGAAGUCCUGUUGAAUCUCGGUUUUGGUCGUGAAGAACCCGACCUUUCCUCGAAGGUUCCCUCCAGGUUCUUCAAUAGCUCCUCGUCAGCGCGAGGCAUCGACAUCAAGGUCUACUUAGGAGCCCAGAUGCAGCGCAUGGAGCUGGAGAACCCCAACUACGCUUUGACUAGUCGUUUCCGUCAGAUCGAGGUCUUAACCACCGUAGCUAACGAGUUCUUCCAGCUCUACAGUCAGGUCUCCGGUCAACCUGUCCAACGCAUCAACUCCAGGGACCAAGGAGGAGGAGGAGAUGGAGGAGCAGGUGAAGAGCCGACUCCUCCUUUGAAGAGGAGCAACUCGGCUCUGAACGUCGCCAAACUCCUCAAGAAGACCAUCAGCAAACAUAACCUGCUCGCGGCCGCCUCGGAGUCGCCUGAAGCACAAACACCUAAACAACACACGCGGCUGAACGGACACAACCCGUCCAAUCACACGCACACCAACGGUCACGCACAAGCUGGUCCGGAGCAGGACUGUCCCAGGACCAGUCCUGACCAACAGGUGGAGACAGUCAGUCAGAAACAACAAGAAAGUCCACAGAAACAGCCGUCUUCCCGCAAGAAGGACAGCUGUCCCCUGGCGACUGUUACCGAGGAAACCAACGGGGAUGCCGAGACAGAUUCGCUGACGGACAACAGUCCUGAAAAGAGCGGCGCUGGAUCACCAGCCAAUGGAGACCAUCAACCAGAGUCGGCGGUUCUUCAGUCAGCCAAUCAGAGAAUAGAGGAGGGCCCUCAGGUGGUCAAAGAGGAGAAGAGCCUGACCUCAACCCCGGUGAAAACUCCUCACAGCCUGGUCCCACCUCAGCUGGCUCAGCUUCGCACUGAAAACGCAGACUCCUUCGAUAUGGAAGAGAUCCAGAGUAACGAGGAUGAGGGUCCUCCAUCCAGAACCUCCAGAUCCACGAAUCUGUUGAGGACAGUCAGUCAGCAGUCGGACAGCAGUGGUUUUGCUGAGGAGCCCUCCGCCGACUCCAACAGCUACCUCAAGGUGCAGGAAAGUAGUGACAGCUGUGACAGCGAGACCACGGUGACAUCGCACCCGUCCCAAGAUGUGGCCACGCCCCUCGCACUAGACCACCCUGCGUUCGAUUUGCCGGAAGCCAGAGAGGAGGAGUCAGCUCCCGGUGAUGCUGGGGAGGCUGAUGGGAGGAGUAGCUCCAGGGAAGAAGACGGGCAUGAUGGUAUUUCAGAGGAGGUUCCACAGUAUACAGCUCACUAUUUCACUAGGGACACAGCGGGAACGCAGCCGGUUGAGACCCAAGGGGAGGAGGAGGAGAAGGAGGAGGAGGAGGAGGAGGAGCAGGAGGAGGAGCAGGAGGAGAAGGAGAAGGAGUUAGCACUACCUGAGGGAGGGGACGGAACUAAUCUAGAGGCGGAACCAAAACUGAAACUGGAACCAGAGGCUCCCCAUAGCUUGUCUACUGCAGAACAAGAACCACAACUCAUGCAGAAUCAGCCCGAGACAGCCACAGACACAGAGCCACCGACAGAGGAAGUAGAAACUGUGGACGUGGCCCUUUCUGAUGCAUAUCUUCCUCCUACUCCAUUCUCUCCGGUUGUAAAUGCUCUGAUCCGAGCCAAACACAACCACCUGAGAGGAGCUGGGCCGCACGUGGACCCCAUGCCGAGUGAGCCGCCGCUAACCCCAGGGAGAGGUAGAGGAAGGCGUGGCUUGCAGAGGUCCCCCAUGCAGAGGUCCUCCUCUCUGCCCUCCUCGCUCCUCUCCCCCUCCAGGGUUGUGUCCUCUGUCCGGAUCCAGUUUGGGCAAGGCCAGGCGUCCUGCACCCAGCCCAGGUACUCCUUCAAAUACACCCCGGAGGAGGGAGAGGACAAAGAAUGGGAUGAGGAGGAGGUGGACGGACAAACUAACUGUUUAUCUACUCUGAUAAUAAACCCUCCAUCGAACCAGCCACCAAGGCUUCCCACAGAUGCUCCCAUCCCACCGAAACCCAUCCCAAACUACCUGAUGAGGUCGCCCUGCUCCCUGAGGAGCUCCAGCCCUCCUCCUGAUUGGUCACCAGGAGGCCACACCCACUCCUGGAGCUCCCAGAGCAUCCCUGACCUCUCCUCUAACCAGCAGCUGCCAGGUCACUUCCAACAAAACCAGCAAAGUUGGAAUCCAGGACAGAUGAUGUCGGGUUAUCCUAAUCCCACAGCCCAAUUCACAAACCCUAGUCCAAAUCCUAGUCCAUGUCUUAAUCACAACCCAUUGCCCUUCACUAUGAACUCUCCUCCAGAGUACCCCUCCCCUCUCUAUCCAUACGCCAGUCUUCCCAACCUCCAUUACCACCACAAUCAACCCUUGAACCCCCAUUCCAGUCUGACCGGUCUCCACCAGCCUACAACUCCCACAAUCCCCCCUUUUGGCAGCAUCUCCAAUUUGCAUCAGCCGUCUACUUCCAUAGAUCCUCAUUACGUCAGUAUGGGUAACCUGCAUCCCAGAACUCCCUUCAUGCACCACCAGGGCUGCAACCAUCCAUACGGCCAUCAGUCACCUUAUCAUGCCGCUCCUCACGGCUCACAGUUUUCCUCGCCUUACCCAGGUUACCAUGGCUACAGCACAAACCCACACAUGGAAUUCUCUCACCCCGUCCCUCAGUGUCGUCCAGAGCACGGCCUCAACCCGGGUUUUGCUCCUCCUGCUCGAGGCUUCCUCCCAGACCUGGCCUCCCCCUUCGGCCAGGGCCACAGCGUCUACACAGGGCUCCAUCCUCCAGGUCCUGGACACAGCCAGGGUCCAUCCAGCACCGAGAUGCAGCUGAGGAGAGUUCUGCAUGAUAUCAGAGGGACAGUUCAGAAUCUGAGCCAGAACCGAGCCAACACUCCAGACACGUUCAGUGAUCACACCACAGCUCUACCCAGCCACCAGUCGUUGACAGAGUUUCAGCAGAAGAGGCGGAGUCUGAACUUGUUCCGCAGUCAGAUGAUGGAUCUGGAGCUGUCAAUCAUGCGACAGCAAGCUAUGGUCUACAAACACCUGAGCCCCUCUGACAGGUUGGAGGUAGAGCAGCUUCAGUCUCUGAGAUCAGCAGUCAGAGAGGAACUGCAGGAGUUGGAACAACAGCUGGAAGACAGACUGGCACAACAAAGG